AGGCCGCCGGCAGCCAGAAGACGGCGCGGGGGGCGCCGCCGCCGCCGCCAUGGCCAAGCAGUACGACACGGUGGAGUGCCCCUACUGCGACGAGGUCUCCAAGUACGAGAAGCUGGCCAAGAUCGGGCAGGGCACCUUCGGGGAGGUGUUCAAAGCAAAGCAUCGCCAGACGGGUAAAAAAGUGGCCCUGAAGAAAGUGUUGAUGGAGAAUGAAAAAGAAGGGUUCCCAAUCACAGCCCUACGGGAGAUCAAAAUUCUCCAGCUGCUGAAGCAUGAAAAUGUCGUGAAUCUCAUUGAAAUCUGCAGGACCAAAGCCUCUCCGUACAACCGCUGCAAGGGAAGCAUCUACCUGGUCUUUGACUUCUGCGAGCACGACCUGGCCGGGCUCCUCAGCAACGCCCACGUCAAGUUCACCCUCUCGGAGAUCAAGAAGGUGAUGCAGAUGCUUCUGAACGGCCUGUACUACAUCCACCGGAACAAGAUCUUGCACAGAGACAUGAAAGCCGCCAACGUGCUCAUCACGCGGGACGGCGUCUUGAAGCUGGCCGACUUCGGCUUGGCCCGGGCGUUCAGCCUCGCCAAGAACAGCCAGCCGAACCGCUACACCAACCGGGUGGUGACUCUCUGGUACCGGCCGCCGGAGCUGCUUCUGGGAGAACGCGAUUAUGGACCCCCCAUCGACCUCUGGGGCGCAGGCUGCAUCAUGGCCGAGAUGUGGACGCGGAGCCCCAUCAUGCAGGGGAACACCGAGCAGCACCAGCUGACGCUCAUCAGUCAGCUCUGCGGCUCCAUCACCCCAGAGGUCUGGCCCAACGUGGAUAAAUACGAACUUUACCAGAAGCUGGAACUGCCCAAAGGGCAAAAGCGCAAGGUGAAGGAGCGGCUGAAGGCCUACGUGAAAGAUCCCUACGCUUUGGAUCUCAUCGACAAACUCCUGGUGCUCGACCCGACCCAGAGGAUAGACAGUGACGAUGCCCUCAAUCACGACUUCUUCUGGUCCGACCCGAUGCCCUCUGACCUCAAGAACAUGCUGUCCACCCACAGCCAGUCCAUGUUCGAGUACCUCGCUCCCCCCAGGAGGCGAGGCGGGCACAUGCCGCAGCAGCCGGCCAAUCAGGGCAGGAAUCCGGCGGCGACCAACCAGGCAGAGUACGACCGAGUCUUCUGACGGCGGAGGAAGAGGCAGUCUGGAUUCCGUUGGGAGGUUCUGUGCCCUUUUCCACCCCGUCCCCCCGACUUUCCUCGAUGGGAUCACCGCAGAGUUGAGUUGGGACCGCAUCCACUCCCUCGUGGAAAAGAGCCCCUGUCCAGGCGCCGUGGAGCCGAGCCGCACGGAAAGGUACCGAACUCUCUGCCCAGCCGUUGUCGAGUUGAUGCACCGCUGCUCUCCAAGGUGCCGAAAUGACCUCGUUUCCCCCUCCUGGAGCUGAAGGGCCUUGCCGGACUUCCCGAGCCAGGCAAGUGGGUGGCCCUCGCCAAACGCCCCGCCCCGGCUUUUCGGGACUGACGGGUGGGGUGUGCGCCGAGUCCCCCACGGCCCUGUGGUGUCGCACAGCACGGGUGGAGCAGCCACAGGGCUGAGUCGGGAAGAGGGGGUGGGCAUGGAUCUUCUCGGGAAGGGGGUGCCCGCUUGGUUCAGGAAGCUCUGCCUGCAUCGCGUUGUUGGUUUGGGUCUGUAAGCAGCUGGCGGAGUUUCCUGCUGCCGCUACGCACCAGCUAUCCGUUGUGUGGUGGAACAAGGCGCUGGGCGUUCUCCCUUCCCAGAAUUGGAGCCCGGUUUAGGCACGCCACAGGUCAGACUCUCUGAAAUCAAGGAAACCCUCGCUAGGUCUUGAGUGACGUUGCUUGAUUCCACCCAGCUUGCCCCAGCCUUCCCUGGGCAAGUCCCCCCCCCCCCCCCCCCAGUGCCUGGCUGCAGCUCCAGACUUCACUGGCUGGGAACCAGGCAGGUUCACAGUACAUGAUUAGCUCUGGAACCCAACCUGUAUCUUUUCUUCCUUCAUUUACCACGGGCUGGACAUCAGCUUGGCCUUCUCAGUGCCCGGUCUCACCCCACAAGCUUGGGGGUUUUUUGCUUUCCUUGGAGGACUCUGAUGUCUGGAGACCUUCCCCCCAUGCUGCUGCGACUUAGCUCCGUCAAAAUGUCUCUUGCUUGGCAUCACCUUUUUUUAUUUAGCAGCAGCAAUGAAUGCUCAAUUCCUUGGACCUAGCAAGCAUGGGAAAGAGCUUCUUUUCCUUCUGCUCUGGUAAGACCUGAAAAUUCCAGGUACAGGCGAGAGAGUUAUCCCUACUGAACCUCAUCAUGUUCUGUUGGCUGUUUUUUUUUCCCCAGUAGUACUAUGAAGAAUGAUCUAAAAUGAAAUUAAAGAUAUUGCCUUUCCUCUCCUG